AUGCAGAACUUUGCUAUCUUCUUCCUUUGGGCGCUGGCCGCCUGUGUCCUGCAAGGAUCCUUCGCGGAGGAUCAGUCGGGCCCACGGCUUAACGAAGUCGCCAAGGCCCAGAACCAGGGAAACACGAUCACUCGUAAUGCUGACAACGAAAUCAAAUCGAAGCUGGAGAGAUUGGAGGUGAAAAUAGGUCAAGUGCAGGCCAAGCUGCCUCAGGAGGUGCAUGCCAAGCUGGAAGGUCAACUACAAGGAGUGGAAAAUAAGCUGGAAGAGCAGAUUGCGGUACAAACCAAACUGGCAGGACAACUACAAGGAGUCGUAGCAAAGCUGGGAAGACAACUUCAGGAGAUGCAAACGAAACUGGAGGCUAAACUAGAAGACAGUCUGAUUGCGGUACAAAAUAAGAUUGAAAACCAACUUCAGACGGUUGUAAAUCAACUGCAGUUAGUUCAGAACAAGACAGAUGCUGCCGAGGUGAAAAGUCAAUUACAGGCAAAAUCGAAUAAGACGGCAGUGCCCCAACAAGCAGCGAAGGCGGGAGUCCCGGCUUCAUCCACGAUUACAAUUCCAUCUGGUUUCAAUCUAUUCGGCAUUAAUGAUCGAGAAAUUGAGGGCCACUUCGUAUCUGUGGCCUCACACAAACCACUACCAUUUUUAAAGUGGGGUAUGGGACAACCAACCGACAAAAAUCAUGAGGAGAACUGCGUCUUUUUGGAAGAUGGCAGAAUAUCGGAUGCUUCUUCGGAAGCCAUCGCGGGAUUCCGAGAAUCCGUUGAUAAGAGACUGUCACCUUCACCCUGCUUCAACCGAGCUCUCAACCACGUACUACACUUCAUUCAGCCAAGUGCCUGA